AUUUCGGAACUCAAAGCGCCAAACAAACUCGUCGCAAUGAAACGUAUCAUCGGGUCAACUCCGUCCUGUCUCAUUGGUGUCUCUCGCAAUCCUCGCACUGCUCGCACCGCAGCAGGCGGAUCCCUUGCCUUCGCGCCCUCGGCCAAUAAACCCUAUUCCUCCGCCCAAAACAUCCCGGAAGUGUCCCAGACAAGCACGAAAGGGUCCGAGACGAGCAAGGCGGAUCCUCCGAAGGAAGAAAAACGGGAACCGUCACAACCGAAGAAAAAGACUUUGGCGGAGUUGGAUGAGGAAGUGCGCUUGAAGCUGGAGGGAAUGUCUGGUGAGGGCGGUGCUGCGGGCGUGGAAUAUGAGAAUGGCCGGGCUGAAGGAUUGAAGCGGGGGGUGAAGCAGAACAUGUUCAGGGUUAUCUAAGAUCUUUCUCAUAAGCAGGCAUCGGCUCGUCCUUGACACCACAACCAUGUCCCAGUAGUCUUCCUUCGUAGGCCCUAAUUUCUAAGUAACCUAUUUCUUCCAA